AUUGGAUCCACAAGAUGGAUGCUAUCGACCAUCCUCGUGUGUAUCUGGCAGACGCUAUGCGUAAAGUAAACGCCCUCCUAGAUAUAAAUCUUGACGAGGACGCGCCGUCGAUUCAGGCGGCCAACUGCUCUAUGUUGUUUCAGUCAAACACUGAUACUAAUUUCAACGAUAUCACGGCCUUCAGAUCGGCUUUCGCCCGUUCAGCUGAUGACGCUCGAAUUUAUGCAGAACUGAACACGCUAUUGGAGGAAGGUCAGGAGUAUGCCAUCAUGUUAUACACUUGGCGAUCCAUUUCUCGAGCACUACCUUUUAUUCGGUCGAACGAACAACCACAUCGCAUGGAAAUCUACAAGAAGACUGUGGAAAUCUUGGAACCGUACGCAAUAAAAUUAAAACGGUUCAUGGCCUUCCAGAAUGCAGCCACGGAGCGCUUUGCAAAGGAAGUAGAGCGCUUAGCUCAUAAGGAUCAAAAAAAUUUCUUCGUUAAUCAGGCUUACCUAGUCACCUUGGGGAAAAUGCUCAAAAUGUUUGCGAUUCUGGACGAAAUGAAAAAUAUGAAAGCCAGUAUGAAAAAUGAUUACUCCAACUACAAACGAGCCACUCAAUUUCUACAACACCACGAUCCAAAGGCGAUGGAGGAGUCGCAAAAUGUCAGCAUGUUUUUGGCCAAGCAGAAGAUUAUUCGUGAUACACUGAAAGAACGGCUGAAUGCAGUUGAUGGCUACGAAGAUUUGUUGGUUGACAUUAUUCACAACAGUGCCCAAAUGUAUGAUAGCAAAAUGUACGUCCUCCCAGAGGAGAAGCAUACGCAUGUGGUUGUGUUGGCUUUCGCACUGUACCUACUGGACUCCACUCGCAUUGUUGAUGGUAAACAGGUUGGCGUGAAUUUGAAUAAGCUUGCGAAACGAUUGAACAUUCCAAAACUAGAUCACAUUCUAAAGGAGUGUGAGGUGGUGAACCUUUUCGGUGAUAUGAGUGUUGAGCCCUUCUCUUAUGUGAGACAAACAACUUCGUUCGAUCCAUCCAAGUGGCCAGAAUGUCAAGGAACGCGAGCAUCCAGUCAGGGUGCACUGCUUCUACACAUGCCACGAUUUCGCGAAGAAUACACAUCACUCACGGCUGAUUUGGCAUGGCAUACAAAUAUCACAUCAACAAGACUCAACGAACGAUCGUCGAAAGAAAAUCGCGAAUUGUACGAGCUGGCGCUCCGUGGACUGCAGUACCUUUCCGGCUGGUCCGUCCAGGUUCUUGAUACAUUCACGUGGAAACUGGCUCACUGUGCUUCACACGAAACAAACCCACAUUGUCCAAGGGAGGCGGAAAGCUACGAGAAGGCGACCAAAUAUAACUACAAUUCCGACGAAAGAUUUGCAAUGGUUGAAGUAAUCAGUAUGAUCAAAUCGGUUCAAGCACAGUUGUUGCGUCUGGAAACCUACUAUUCUGAGGCAAUUCGACGCUCUGUGUAUCGUGAUCUACAGACCAUCGUUGUGGGUCAGCUCAGUGGCCCACUUUCGAAAGCUCAGAAGAAAAAGGAUCGAAUCAAUUUGGUUCGCUUGAUCUACGCUAUACAAGCUACAUGUGCUGACCAGAUAAUCGAUCAACUGGAUUCGGACACGCUGCAUUCUGGUGGUGGUAGCACCCACUCAAAGUCUUGGAGUAAGUCUGCCACCUCCCGAUUCACCGGCUCAAACAACAACAGCCUGACGAGUGGAUCAAACACCGCAUUAUCCUCUGUCGCCGCUUCGAUGACUAUGGAGUCGGGUAGCGGGACAGUGACCAGCAGUAGCAUGUUCGAUUUGAACAAGCGUCGUGCGGGGCCAGCUCUAUUUGGUUCGUACAAUGUUGGAGUUAAUGAUCAGACUUCAUCCGGCAAGAACACGAUGCGAAAAGAUUUGGAUGCAACCACACUGACGGCGAUCGAAGGAUUUCUAAGGAACAGCUUUUAUUGGCCAUACUUGUUGAACUUCUCUGAAACGCUGCUCAAAUGUUGCGAUUUAUCCCAACUUUGGUACCGUGAGUUCUUUUUGGAAAUGACAAACGGGUCGUGCAUCCAGUUUCCAAUCGAAAUGAGUCUACCGUGGAUAUUCACCGAUCACGUGUUGCAGACAGAAAACCCCGGGUUCAUUGAGUAUAUGCUAUAUCCGCUGGACUUGUACAACGACGCAGCCGACUGCGCUUUGAAUCAGUUUCAUCGACGUUUCCUUUACGAAGAAAUCGAGGCUGAGGCGAGUUUGGUCUUGGAUCAGCUUGUUUACAAACUGAGUGACCAAGUUUUCAAGCAUUACAAACGUUAUGCUGCGUCGAUUCUGCUGGACAAACGUUUUCGGGCAGAGGCGCAACGUUCGGGUUGGCGCGAAGCCUAUCCACCACCGAAACGCUAUGCAGCCGCCCUGUUGCGCCAGCGCCAUGUUCAACUUCUGGGACGAACAGUAGACCUCAAUCGUUUGGUUACACAACGAAUGAAUACCGCAAUUCAUAAAUCGUUGGAGAUUGCCAUUGCCAAGUUUCAAGGAUCUGAUCUGACCGGAAUAGUGGAAUUGGAGGCUGCUAUUGAUUGCACACGUCUCUGUCACCGAAUGCUGUCCGAACACCUAGAACUGGACGACUUUGAUGCCUUACUGCGCGAAGCCAAUAAUUUUGUGACUUCACCUUUCGGGAAGAUUGCUGUGCAUGUAUUUUGGGAGCUCACGUAUGAUGUAGUAAAGAACUACUGCUACAACGAUGCUACGAACAGAUUCGUGCGGACCAAAUUCACUUUGAGUGAGGUGCUGGAACGGGAGAAGCCCCCGGCAGUUGAUGCCCAAUAUUUAUGGGGCAGUCAGUCCUUGACUACCUGUUUUGACAGCAUCUUCGGUCUUUAUCGUGGGUUUGUUGGGGCGCCACACUUUGCCGCUGUUUGUCGAUUGCUCGGUUACCGUGGCCUAUAUAUCGUUACGACUGAAGUUAUGAAAGUGGCACAAUCUUUGUUGAAUCAGACCUUACGAAGCUACGUCCGCCGAUUGAUUCGGUUAAUGCCACGCUCGCUAUCUCUGCCUCCGGCUGCGCAAGGAUCUGAUGCGGCUUUUUCCGCUCUUUAUGACCAACUACGCCAGGUCUACCAAUAUCCGGAUCUUCGGACAAACGUUUGUCAGAAUUUCCGCGAGUUAGGCAACAUCAUUAUAUGUUGUCUUCAACUUGAAAAGCAAUUGUCCAUCGAGGAUGCCUGUGAUUUACGCCAUGCCGGACCGUUCAUUGGUCAAAUGCCGAAACCCUUCUUUCCACCAUUGCAAGAUGUCGCUAACAAAGGAAAGGUGACCGCAGAGCAACGGAGAGAACGCGACAUUCAGCUGAGAGAACUUCAGAAGAAACAGGAAUCAAUGAAUAUGGUUAACGUUGUUGCCAAGAUUGGCACUCCCGAUCAACUCAGUUUGGCCAAGGAGAAUGAAAUUUUAACCAAAGAACGACUCUGCUCGGGACUGGUGUUGUUCGAAUACGUCUUGAAUCGUAUACGCGAGUUCCUUAGUGAAGAAGAUUCUGGUGGCAGCACCUGGCAUGGUUUUCUAAAUCCGACGAAAGAGAGUUCUAACGGUCCGACUUCUAGUGACAUAUUGGGUUUGGAAAACUGCACCUACUUUCAUCGAAUAUGGUCUGCGAUCCAGCUGGUGUUUUGCACCCCGUUCGGACAGAACGAAUACACGGUGGAGGAGAUGUUUGGCGAAGGUCUAAAUUGGGCUGGGUGUGCAAUCAUAGUCCUUCUUGGACAGCAGCGUCGUUUUGAAAUUCUGGAUGUCGGUGGACUCCUUUUACGCCUACAGCGUGCAGACAAAAAGGAAACCACACAAGAAGGAGUGUCGCUGGACAAAAUGGCCGCACGUUUGAGUCGGUUCGCGGUCCUCAAUCGACAGAUUUUUGCGACGCUGAAUAUCUACUUGAAUCCGAAAGAUCGCCCAACCGGUCCAAGUGAAAACAUCCGUCACUUUCCACCGCCUACCUGGUCUCGUUCGUAGUCGCUUCUACUUCCUAUUCAUACGCCCACUGUGUAGUCUUCUUUGACCUACUGCCUUAUGCUUCCGUUCUUCGUUGUCCCAAAAUCCCGAUCGGACGCCACCCAUUUCUGACCUUCCUUAUAUAUUAGUCAUUUCGUUCCACUGACUUGCUUUACUUGCCUACUGUUUGCUGCAUACUGUGCAAUCCACCCAGGUAUAUGAUUUUUUAUUCCGGUGCCACACUAUUAAUUGUAAUAGUUGUUUUUUUUCUCGUCCUAAUUACAAUACACAAG